CUCUUGCUUCUCCUCCCACCGCCUCCCAGUCUCCCAGCCUCUUCUGGGAGAAUGAGGCGGAUUGAGGACUGUGGCUGAGGUGCGGAUGCUGGGUGACAAGUCGGAGCCGGGACAGGCAUAAUGGCAGAAACUGCUUCUCCACUGAAGCACUUUGUGCUGGCUAAGAAGACAAUUACAGCAAUCUUUGACCAGUUACUCGAGUUUGUUACUGAAGGAUCACAUUUUGUUGAAGCAACAUACAAGAAUCCAGAACUUGACCGAGUAGCUACUGAGGAUGAUCUGAUAGAAAUACAAAGGUAUAAAAAUAAGCUUUCCAUCAUUGGUGAGGUGCUGUCUCGGAGACACAUGAAAGUGGCAUUUUUUGGCAGGACAAGCAGUGGGAAGAGUUCUGUUAUCAAUGCCAUGUUGUGGGAUAAAGUCCUCCCUAGUGGAAUUGGCCAUACAACCAAUUGCUUCCUGAGUGUUGAAGGAACGGAUGGAGAUAAAGCUUAUCUCAUGACAGAAGGGUCAGAUGAAAAAAAGAAUGUGAAGACAGUUAAUCAGCUGGCCCAUGCCCUUCAUAUGGACAGAGACUUGAAAGCUGGCUGUCUUGUACAUGUGUUUUGGCCAAAGGCAAAAUGUGCCCUCUUGAGAGAUGACCUGGUUUUAGUGGAUAGUCCAGGUACAGAUGUCACUACAGAGUUGGAUAGCUGGAUUGAUAAAUUUUGCUUAGAUGCUGAUGUCUUCGUUUUGGUUGCAAACUCUGAAUCAACUCUAAUGAAUACGGAAAAACAGUUUUUUCACAAGGUAAAUGAGCGACUUUCCAAGCCUAAUAUUUUUAUUCUGAAUAAUCGUUGGGAUGCCUCUGCAUCAGAGCCAGAAUAUAUGGAAGAUGUACGCAGACAGCACAUGGAAAGAUGCCUACAUUUCUUGGUGGAGGAGCUCAAAGUUGUGGAUCCUUUAGAAGCGCGGAGUCGUAUCUUUUUUGUUUCUGCAAAGGAAGUUCUUAGUGCUAGAAAGCACAAAGCCCAGGGGAUGCCAGAAGGUGGUGGGGCACUUGCAGAAGGAUUUCAGGCAAGAUUGCAGGAGUUUCAGAAUUUUGAACAAAUCUUUGAGGAGUGUAUCUCGCAGUCAGCAGUGAAAACAAAGUUUGAACAGCACACUAUCAGAGCUAAACAGAUACUAGAAACUGUGAAAAACAUAAUGGAUUCAAUAAACGUGGCAGCAGCAGAGAAAAGGGUUUAUUCAAUAGAGGAGAGGGAAGACCAAAUUGAUAGACUGGACUUUAUCCGAAACCAGAUGAACCUUUUAACACUGGAUGUUAAGAAAAAAAUCAGGGAGGUUACAGAGGAGGUUGCAAAUAAGGUUUCAUGUGCAAUGACAGAUGAAAUUUGUCGACUCUCUGUUUUGGUUGAUGAAUUUUGUUCUGAGUUUCAUCCUACUCCAAGUGUAUUGAAAGUAUAUAAAAAUGAGUUAAAUAAGCACAUAGAAGAUGGAAUGGGAAAAAAUUUGGCUGAUCGGUGUACCAAUGAAGUCAAUGCUUCAAUGCUUCAAUCCCAGCAAGAAAUUAUUGAAAAUUUGAAGCCAUUACUUCCAGCUGGUAUACAGAAUAAACUACAUACACUGAUUCCUUGCAAGAAAUUUGAUCUCAGCUAUGACCUGAAUUGCCACAAGUUAUGUUCAGAUUUUCAAGAGGAUAUUGUAUUUCAUUUUUCCUUGGGCUGGUCCUCGCUUGUCCAUCGUUUCUUGGGUCCUACAAAUGCUCAGCGUGUGCUUCUAGGAUUAUCAGAGCCUAUCUUUCAGCUUCCCAGAUCUUUAGCUUCUACUCCCACUGCUCCUACCAAUCCAGCAACACCAGAUAAUGCGUCACAGGAAGAACUCAUGGUUACCUUAAUAACAGCGUUAGCUUCUCUUACGUCUAGAACUUCUAUGGGCAUCAUUGUUGUUGGAGGAGUGAUUUGGAAAACUGUAGGCUGGAAACUCAUAUCUGUUUCAUUAAGUAUGUACGGAGCUUUGUAUCUUUAUGAAAGGCUGACUUGGACCACCCAUGCCAAGGAGAGAGCCUUUAAACAGCAAUUUGUGAAUUAUGCAACUGAAAAACUGCAACUGAUUGUUAGCUUCACAAGCGCCAACUGCAGCCAUCAAGUACAACAGGAAAUGGCAACCACUUUUGCUCGCCUGUGCCAACAAGUUGAUAUUACACAAAGACAUCUAGAAGAGGAAAUUGCCAGAUUAUCCAAAGAGAUAGAUCAACUGGAGAAAAUACAGAACAAUUCAAAGCGCUUAAGAAAUAAAGCUGUUCAACUUGAAAACGAGCUGGAGAAUUUUACUAAGCAGUUUCUACAUUCAAGCAAUGAAGAAGAAUCUUAACAAUAGAGAUUGCUUUGGUGAUCAUGAUAGAAGAUGGAACUUGGAAGAUUGGGACAGUUAUUUUUAUGAAGUGACUUUAAAUAUGAAUUAUACUAAUUAUACCUAAAUGGCAAAUCCAUGAGUAGAUCCUGGUGUUGAUCUAUCUCAGGGUGUGUGUAUUUCUGAAAAGUGUUGUGAUGUCUCUUUAGUUUUAAUUUUGGGUAAAGAAAAAUCCUUUGAUAGGUGAAAAUGAUGAAUUAGUUUAAAGAACCAACUCUCUGACCCCUGAGGGGUGGGGCCUUGCUCUUAAUUAGGGCUCUCUUUGUUUUUGAUUCUGAAAAACUCUGCUUCCUGGCAUCCAGGAGUUAGAGAAUGCUCCUUUCAUCUUCUUUCUCAAAACGAAUUUUUGAUGCCUAUUUCAGUGGGAAUAGUCACAUUUUUGUUCUAUAAACUGCAUUGCUCUAACCACAAAGGAGUGUGGAAUGUUCUUGAGUGUAUUAUUUAUGCAGGUUACAAUCACUUUUGCCAUCCUGACAGGUAUGUAAACCACUAAUAAAUAAUGCUGUUUUUACUCCCUUUUAUUCCCAUUAAAAUUGAUGUAAAACACUUUAUGGGUUUGUUAUUAUAGAGUCCUUAUAAAGGUAUUUGGGUCUAUAUAGUUUUCUCAUGUUUCUCAGGAAACACUUCCAGCCUCAACUCUGAUUCCAGUAAGGAAAGCUUUCUCAGUUUUAAGAGUUAAGUUUGAAGUGAUAAAAAUAGCCAGAGAUGUGGGAGAUCUGAAUUUUGGGUGGCUACAGUCAUGUACAAAUGCUGUUCUUUAGAAAGUAUUUGCCAAGGAUACUGCUGGGUUGUCCCCCGGGGUGGCUUUUAAACAUUAAUUGUAUCAAUUUGACAGGUCACGGUUAAAAAUUAUUACGGUUAAAAAUUAUUACGUUUUUUACCUUAAUGAAAUGUUUAUGAGUU